AUGACUCAGUCCAACUCACUUCAUGUCGGCAUCCCGGGCAUUUUUGGUGGUUCCCUCCUGCUUUUGGUGAACAACUAUGCCAGCUCUCCUGAAAAAGUCUUCAUCCCCCACACUGCUUUGGGGAUCUUGCUCCUCAUCAUCUCAGCCCUUGUAGCUUAUGCAGGUGUUUGUCACAGUCUGUCCCACGCCCAGCUGUUCUCCACUCUGUGUCUGACUGUCUCGGCUCUGUGGUGUGGUUCUGGUCUGAUCCACAUUCUAGAGCUGAAGACUUCAUUAGUUCCAGGCCUGGCAGCUUUUACCUUAGCCCUGUUCAUCAUAGGCUGUGUAGCACUCUUUGUGAAGAAACCAGUUCUGUUCCUCAUAGCUGUGGGCAUUUCUUUAGCCUGCGCCCAUGAAAUAGCCGGUCUGUUUGCUGUGGGCUUUGGACAGUCAGCCACUGCUGCAAACUACCUUCUUGUUUGUCUUGUGUGUGUUUAUUUUGGGUUUGGACGUCUUCUGUCCAUGAUCACUCAAGGUAAAGUGAGACCUCCAGGUGUAGGCUUGAAGAAGAACACUGAGAAGAACCAGGGGUGCACAGGUGCAGAAAGUGUAGGUUUAGUGAUGAACUUGUUAUCUGCCUCUGUAUUAGCCUGUCCCCUGUUAAAGGUGGUCCCCCAACUCUUUGUUGGCCAUGUCCCCUGGCUGUGGACAGCUGGAGUCUUCCAGCUUGGCAUGUGUGUCCUCAUGUAUCGAMCUAUGGACACGCUAGCUGCUACUUUCUAUGGUUUCACAGCCUUGCUGAAAUUUGCAGAGGGCUACAGCGCUUUGRUGUCUCUGUACGACAUUCAGCCUUUCUCUCCUGUUCCCUUCCCUGUUGUCUUUGCUGUGCUUUUCUCCYUCCUGGCUUUGUUCAGCUGUCAAAAGAGCCUGCUGGAGGGGAUUUACCAGCUAUUCUUUGUAGCUUAUUGUAUUUCRAUWGCAGCACAACCUAAMGGUUUCUACCAAGGUGGUACUCAGGGAGUACAAGGAGCUAUAUUUAUAGCUACAGCAUUAAUACUGUUUAUUACUACAUUCAACAUGGUCUCAAGCAGUUUAAUUCCCACYGGGCGAAYUGUUUUCAAAAUUGUAGMAACCAGGAUGCAAAAAGUUACWCUAAGGUCUCUUGAUAAAGAGCAACAUAUACCUCACCUGGGCUACUCCAAAUAUGCAGAUGCAGAGGUGUUGGGCCACGCCUGCAAUGUUCUGGCUGCUUUUGCCGUCACAGCCACAGUUAGUAACAGAGACCCUCUGUCUGUGCUGGUUCUGCCCUGGGUGGUGAUGGCUGGUGGGGUGUUGCAGCUCCUGUGUGGCUCAGUAGCGUUCGCUCGAGGUAAAACCUUUGAGAGCACRYUCUUUAUAUUCUACGGGGUGAUGUGGACAGUUUGGGGUUUGACGCGAUACGGCGGUCUGUACGGUGAAACCAGAGGUUUCAAUGUGGCCGUUGGGAURAUUAGCUUCAUGUUGUUUAACUUACUGGUGACUGUUGCAGCAUUGUUUGUAAARYUCGCCUGGUUUAUCUACGCGUUCACCUUCCAGCUCAUUCUCAUCAGCUUCCUGCUGGAUGCAGUAGGUUCACUGCCGUACGGUUAUGACAUCGGAGUCACAAUCAUCUUUGGCCUCAUCAGCUUUUAUUGUUUCCUCGCUCAUCUUUUUAARGAAACCUUUAAAUCUCCCCAAAUUCCCUUGGGAAGACCUUUAGUCAGGCUGGGUGGGGUUGGAGGAGGGGCAGAUGUGUGUCCACACCUUCKAGCACGCAAAGCCACGUCGGUCCAACAGAUUGCAGAGAUCAUGAAAAAUGGUGGCAUUUGUGGAAUGCCAACAGACACCGUCUAUGUGCUGGUUGCAGCCUGCAACAGACCAGAUGCAGUAGUCAAAGCUUACAWGGUUAAAAAGCAGGCUGAGGAUCGGCCCAUGUCCAUGUGGAUCUCCUCUAUCAAGCAGCUGGAGCCUGUGAGACACCUGCUGAGUCCUCUGCUGUUGGACUUCAUGGAAGCUGCAUGGCCYUCAUCUAUCAGCAUGGUCAUWCCCAGAGGUCCCUGGAUGYAUAUAUUUGGUUUAGGAGAUGCUGCRAAACACAUAGGAACUCCACAAAGUAUCGCCAUCAGAAACCCAGACUGUGCAGUAGCCACACAUCUCAUUAACCUGGUGGGCCCCAURGCUGUAACUUCAGCCAACCCAACAGGCGAGGCAGACACAACUCACCAUAACCAAGUUUACGCCAAACUAGGAAAGAAGGUGGAGGGAGUGUUGUGUGAUGGACCRUCCCCAGAAAAUAUUGCCUCUACUGUUGUGGACUGCACAAAGAUUGAAACUGGACAAAUUGGUUUCUUCAGAGUGGGUCUCAUUCCUAAAUCUAAGGUUCUUGAAAUUUUUGAAGAGGUACAAAAUCGCCACAAACAACGACAGACAAAUCCAAGGUUCGAUUAUGAUCUGCAUCUGCCAGAAAUAGAACAGGAGAUAAAUCAAAGAGUAUACGAAACAAUAGGUUCAGAAAGAGGAAGUGAAAAGCAAGCAGGAUCUGGUGUUUCAUCUGAUCGAAAUCACGACAGACAAACAAAAACAAAUCCAAAAACCAAAUAUGACCGGCAUCUAUCGACAACAGAAUAUGAGAUGAAUGCAAGAAUGUACCACACAAUAGAUUCAAAUAGAGGAAAUGGAAACCAGACAGAAUCUGGUGUUUCAUCUAAACAAAAUUGCCCCGAACAAGGACAGACAAAUCUUGGAUUCAGUUAUGAUCUGCAUCUGCCAGAAAUAGAACAGGAGAAAAAUCCAGAAGCGUAUGACACAAUAGAUGCAGAAAGAGGAGGUGAAAAUCAAUCACCAUCUGAACAAGAUCGCCACAAACAAGGACAGAUAAAUCCAGGGUUCAYUUAUGAUCUGCAUCUACCAAGAAUAGAACAGGAGAUAAAUCAAAGAGUAUACGAAACAAUAGAUUCAGAAACACAAAAUGAAUAUCAAACAGGAUCUGGUGUUUCAUCUGAUCGAAAUUGCCACAAACAAACAAAAACAAAUCCAAGAACCGAAUAUGAUCGGCAAAUAGAACAGGAGAUAAAUUCAGGAGCGUAUGACACAAUAGAAUCAGAGAGAGGAAGUGAAAACCAAUCACCAUCUAAACAAAUUCACCACAAACAAGUGUAAGAAAAUUUGUAUUCAAUCAACUGGUCGAGAUGAUAAACACAGAUGUUAAAUAAAGUGAUUUGUAGGAGGAAUGAAAACCAUACAACACCAGAAUCUGGAAUCUGAGUGGAGGUUUAUUGCUGCUGUUUGCAAACAGGAAACCCACACUGGCCAUAAAACCAGAAGUUUACGUUUUUAUACAGCUUCUUCAAUGCCUUCACUCGCCCCCUGCUGGCCUACGGCUG